AUGGACGACUUUGACGACUUUGUCAGCCCGCGCGGUCAGCAGCGCGGCGGGCGUCAACCGGUGCAGCAAGACCCUUUCGCCGACUUUGACCGUUCCAACGACUCGUUCGGCGUCCAUCCCUCCGCUUCGGGUCCCUCCCACGUCCUCGUCGAUGCAGACGAUCCGGAUCUCAUGGGAGACGACUUUAACGACUUUGGCGCCGGUCACCGUGGCGCCUCUUCGCAAUCCCACCCGCUCGGCUCAUCCUCUCGAUACGCCAACGAUCCCUUUGCUACCUCGACAGCCUCCUUCGAUCACCACGACACAGCCAUGGGUCUCGAUGCUCCCAGACCCAACUUUGGCUCUCACAUGCAGGGCAGCGUCGAGUCAGGUCUGCCUCUCGCUGCCAGCGCACAGACUCCUGCUGGCUAUCAGAACGCAGGCUAUUCCACCGAGGGCCCUUUCGCUGAUGCUUACGCUGCCAGACACAGCUUCAAAAGCAUCGAGGCAGACGACGAACUGUCCCCCAUGGACGACUCCAAGUACCUUCCGUACAACACUUCCGCUGCCAACGGAUACAAUGCGGCUGGUCGCAGCGACGCCAGACGAUCAGCCGUUCGUGCGCCAGGUCUCACCUCGGGCACAAGUCGCAAGCCGCCGCGCGACGGUCUCAUGGAUGGCCUCAAGAGGAGCAUGCGCACGCUCAAAGCCGACGUAGAUACCGUGCUCCGUCGUCGUCGACAACAAGAAAAGCGCUCCGGAGACCGCAUCGUCCAGCUCAACGACCCGCUCUCCAACGACAAGAGCGACUUCCUCGACAACUACGUCAGCACUUCCAAGUACAACGUGCUCACCUUUGUCCCCAAAUUCCUCGUCGAGCAGUUCAGCAAGUACGCCAACGUCUUUUUCCUCUUCACCGCAUGCAUCCAGCAGAUCCCCGGCGUGUCGCCCACCAAUCGAUGGACCACCAUUGUGCCCCUGGCGCUUGUCCUCCUCGCUUCCGCUUUCAAGGAGAUCAAGGAAGACAUCAAAAGGCACCAAUCGGAUUCCGAGCUCAACGCCCGCAUCUCGCACGUCCUCGAUCCCGGCUCCGGUUCCUUCGAGCCAAGACGGUGGCGGCACAUUCGCGUCGGAGACAUCAUCCGUGUCGAGAACAACGAGUUCUUCCCCGCGGAUCUCGUCCUCCUCUCCAGUUCCGAGCCCGAAGGGCUGUGCUACAUCGAGACCGCCAACCUCGAUGGCGAGACCAAUUUGAAGAUAAAACAGGCCUCGCCCGAUACCGCCAAGCUCACCUCUUCCAGUGCCGCCUCUACGCUUCGAGGCAACCUCACCUCGGAACAGCCCAACAACAGCCUCUACACGUUUGAUGCCACGCUCAACAUCCAGCUCAGCUCCACGCCCGGUUUCAGCGGCACUCCCAUGCGCAAAGCACCCCUCAGCCCCGAGCAGCUUCUGCUCCGAGGUGCCCAGCUGCGCAACACCCCUUGGGUUUAUGGAGUAGUCGUCUUUACCGGCCACGAGACCAAACUCAUGCGCAACGCCACAGCAGCACCCAUCAAGCGCACCGCCGUCGAGAAGCAGGUCAACGUGCAGAUCCUCCUCCUCUUCAUCCUGCUGCUCGCGCUGUCCGUCGCUUCCUCCAUCGGCGCUAUCGUGCGCAACACCGCCUACGCGUCCGAGAUGAAGUAUCUUUUGCUGAACGAGGAAGGAAAAGGCAAAGCUCGUCAGUUCAUCGAGGACAUCCUCACCUUUGUCAUUGCGUACAACAACCUGAUCCCGAUCUCGUUGAUCGUCACCGUCGAGGUGGUCAAGUACCAGCAGGCGACGCUCAUCAAUUCGGAUCUCGACAUGUACUAUGCGCCUACCGACACGCCUGCGCUGUGUCGAACCAGCAGUUUGGUCGAGGAGCUCGGCCAGAUCGACUACAUCUUCUCCGACAAGACGGGCACGCUUACGAGGAACGAGAUGGAGUUCAAGCAGGCGAGCAUCGGCGGCAUCUCGUUCACCGACGUCAUCGACGAGAGCAAGCAGGGGACCGGCGAGAUCGGCCCGGACGGUCGCGAGAUUGGCGGCCAGAGGACGUGGCACGAGCUCAAGGCUGUUUUGGAGGGAAGGACCCCCGACGACGGCAGCAGCGCCGUCAUCGACGAGUUCCUGACGCUGCUCGCCGUCUGCCACACGGUCAUCCCCGAACGCAAGGGCGACAAGGUCAUCUUCCAGGCCUCGAGUCCCGACGAGGCGGCGCUGGUUGCCGGUGCAGAAUCGCUCGGGUACCAGUUCACGACGCGAAAACCGCGUUCGGUGUUUGUCAACAUCCGCGGCACCGAGCGCGAGUGGGAGAUCCUCAACGUGUGCGAGUUCAACUCGACGCGCAAACGCAUGUCCACCGUCGUAAGAUGUCCCGACGGAAAGAUCAAGCUCUACUGCAAGGGCGCCGACACCGUCAUCCUCGCGCGGCUGAGCGACAACCAGCCGUUUACGGAGCAGACCAUGAUUCAUCUGGAGGACUACGCUACGGACGGCUUGCGAACCUUGUGCAUCGCGAUGCGCGAGGUCAGCGAGCAGGAGUAUCGGACGUGGUCCAAGAUCUACGACCAGGCGGCGGCGACCAUCCAAGGGAGGAGCGAGGCGUUGGACAAGGCGGCCGAGAUGAUCGAGCAGGGGAUGUUCCUGCUGGGUGCGACGGCGAUCGAGGACAAGCUGCAGGACGGGGUGCCGGAUACGAUCCACACGUUGCAGUCGGCGGGCAUCAAGAUCUGGGUCUUGACGGGCGACAGGCAGGAGACGGCGAUCAACAUCGGUCUCAGCUGCAGGCUGAUCAGCGAAUCCAUGAACCUCGUCAUCAUCAACGAGGACAACCUGCACGACACCGCCGAGGUGCUCAACAAACGUCUUGCCGCCAUCAAGAACCAACGCAACACGGCCGGCGCCGAGCAGGAGGAGAUGGCGCUCGUGAUCGACGGCAAGAGUCUGACGUUUGCUCUGGAAAAGGAGCUAAGCAAGGUGUUUUUGGAGCUCGCCGUGUUGUGCAAGGCGGUCAUCUGCUGUAGGGUUUCGCCGUUGCAGAAGGCGUUGGUGGUGAAGCUGGUCAAGAAGAACAUGAGUUCGUUGCUGCUGGCCAUCGGCGAUGGCGCCAACGAUGUCAGUAUGAUCCAGGCGGCGCAUGUGGGCGUGGGGAUCAGUGGUGUGGAGGGGUUGCAGGCGGCGAGGAGUGCCGAUGUGGCCAUUUCGCAGUUCAGAUAUCUACGAAAGCUGUUGCUGGUGCAUGGAAGUUGGAGCUACGCCAGGUUGAGCAAGAUGAUCCUGUACAGCUUUUACAAGAACAUCACGCUGUACAUGACCUUGUUCUGGUACUCGUUUCAGAACAGCUUUUCGGGUCAGGUGGCGUUCGAAAGCUGGACCCUGUCGUUCUACAACGUCAUCUUCACGGUGCUCCCGCCGCUCGUCAUUGGGAUCUUUGACCAGUUCCUUUCGGCGAGGCAGUUGGAUCGAUAUCCGCAGCUGUACGGACAGGUGUACUUUGACAAGCGACGGUUCUGGGGAUGGACCGCCAAUGCGUUUUUCCACUCGUUGGUGACGUACCUCUUCGUGACGGUCAUCUUCUGGGGCAGUCCACAGUUGGCGGAUGGAUAUGCGAGUUACAGCUGGAUCUGGGGUACGACGCUGUUCAUGGUGGUGUUGGUCACCGUUCUAGGCAAAGCGGCGUUGAUCUCGGAUCUAUGGACCAAGUAUACGUUUGCGGCGAUCCCCGGUUCGCUGCUGUUUACGAUCGCGUUCCUCGCCAUCUACGCACUCAUCGCCCCGCGACUCGGAUUCUCGAAAGAGUACGACGGGAUCGUUCCCCGCUUGUACGGGUUGAGCGACUUUUGGUUGGCCAUGAUCGUCGUACCCACCGUCUGCCUGCUCCGGGACUUUUGCUGGAAGUACUGGAAGCGCACGUACAGGCCGGAGAGCUACGACAUCGUCCAGGAGGUCCAGAAGUACAACCUGCAGGAUUAUAGGCCCAGGAUGGAUCAGUUCCAAAAGGCGAUCAGGAAGGUCAGGGCGGUGCAGAGGAUGAGGAGGACGAGAGGAUUUGCGUUCAGCCAGACCGAGGGCAGUGCCGAUCUGAUCCGCAAGUACGAUACCACGAUCGCCAAGGCUUCCGGGCAGUGA